CCCUUUGAAAUCACAAUCUAGGGUUUCAAAAAAAAAUUCCCAAUCCAAUCGGUAAAACCCUAAUUCGCAGAGAGGGAAAAAAUGGGAGGAAAGUGUCCUCACAGGAGCGUGAAGAAGCGUAGAUACUCUCACAAGCAGUUUCGCCGUGCGAAAUUCCUUGUCAAAGGAGACGAUGCUGUUUACGAUGAGCUGUUAAAGCCGGAGGAGCAACGGAAAGAGUUGCCCGUCGACGAAGAUCUUCCCGGAAUGGGUCAAUACUACUGUAUGCACUGCGAUCGAUAUUUUGCAAAUGUUACUGUGAGGGAUGAGCAUUUCAAGACGAAGAAGCACAGGAAGCGUGUGAAAAUAAUGAUGGGCCCUCGACCGCACACCCAACUUGAUGCCGACUUAGCUGCUGGAAUGGGCAUGCCAGAUAAUGGUCCAAAGCUAAUGUCAAUGAGUUAGAGCUUCCCCCCUCCUGUUUACAACUCAUUUGACACUGGUAGAGGAACCGUCUCUCCGUCUCUCUCCGUCUCCCAGUAUAGUAAGUUUAGAAGAUACCUAGCAGAGCACAUUACCUUGGUGUUUCUUGUUUGGCCUAGAUUCGCUGAGAUGAUGCUAGCUAGUGACUACCUACUAUGUUUUGUUUCUACUGUAUCAAAACACAGAUUGCUUAAAGAACCGCCGUCUUUGAAUCUAUAUGUCAAUUUAUUCAAUUUGGGUUCGAUAGCUAAACGCUGAA